GCCCGCUCCGCGCUUUUCUUGGUUCACAUCGCCUUGAGGAUGGAGCUUCAGGCCGAAGCAUUACCAGAAGAUUUCUGUUGCAGCAUUAGUUAGAGUCUAGUUCACUUUCAAUGUUUUAUCUUUGUUAAUCGAUGUGCAUCUAUAUAUCUCACGAUCAGCCCUGUUCUCUAAGCUGACCCUCGAGGUUGCCGGGAUAAAUAGUCUCACCGUUUCCUGGGAAGUCUUCCGGGAUCUUCAGAUCUCAGGAUACAAGCUCACGUCCGUUCGCGCAGACGAUGUGCAGGGCUCGUACCAGCAGCUGGUUCUCGCACAUGGAGACACCUCAGCUACCGUGACGGGGCUGCUUGUCGGCACGGAGUACAUACUGGAGGUUGGGAACAGUCUUCAGGCAGAAGCCGCUGGAGCUUACAAGACAGCUGAAUGCGAUGCAGGUUAUGACCUGAAUGCCGAUGGCAGGGAUUGUGUUGUCUGUCAGAAUCCGCUGGGGAUGGAAUCUGGUGCCAUACCUGACAGCAGCAUCACCGCAUCCUCGUUCGCUGAUGGAAAACCGCCCAAAGACGCACGUUUAAACGGAAACAGCGCAUGGGUUCCGGAAAAUGACAGAGCCGGAGAAUGGUUACAGGUGGAUCUAGGAGAGAUGAUGCGCAUCGACGGCGCCAUUACACAGGGUCAUUCCGGAUCCUGGGUAACGGAGUACGUGCUCCAGUACAGUGCAGAUGGGACAAGUUUUACGACACAUGUGGGCAGCGAUGGCUCAGAUAAGAUUUUUACAGCCAACGCGGACGACAGCACACCGGUCGCAAACCUCCUGAACAACCCAGUUGAAGCCCGUUAUAUGCGUUUCGUGGUCCAGUCCUGGUCCGAUUCUGGUAUCGCUCUAAAGCUGGAGAUUUGGGGGUGUAACACCGUUCCACGUCUCUCGGGACUGACCCUAGAAGAUGUCGGGCUGAACCUAGAUAAUGACGAUCAGACUGACGAUGAUCAGCUCACCGUUUCCUGGGAAGUCGUGGGGAACCUUCCGAUCUCGCGCUACAGCCUCAGCUACAGCCUCGGCUACAGCCUCAGCUACAGCCUCAGCUACAGCUACCCCUUGGACCAGGAGGUUGGCUCCCCACCGACAGCAGACGCCACCUCGGCAACCGUGCCUGGGCUACAGGCCGACACGGACUACAUCAUCAGGCUCACUUCUUUUGAUGAUACUGACCAGCCAACCGGAGUUGUCAGCGGUACAUUCAAGACAGCCCCACGGCUCUCUGGGCUGACCCUCGACCGUGCCGGGAUAAAUAGCCUCACCGUUUCCUGGAAAGUCUUCGGAAAUCUUCCGACCUCCAGCUUCAUCCUCAGCUACCAGCUGGCAGACGGGUCGGACUCGUCUGCGGACCUGCCCACACCACCCGCCGCAGAGGACAUCUCGGCUACCGUGUCGGGGCUGCUUGUCGGCAGGGAAUACACCAUCACGCUCACUUCUAAAGACGAGAGCAGCCAGACCAACGCAGAAAUCAGCGGAACUUACAAGACAGCUGAAUGCGAUGCAGGUUAUGACCUGAGUUCCGAUGGCACGGAUUGUUUUGUAUCAGUGAUCUCGGCCCUGACCCUUAAAAUGGCCGGGGUUGAUGAUCUGGAAGUUUCCUGGACAAAGGCGGCUGGUGCUCAGAUUGACAGCUACAGCCUCAGCUACGAGCCGGCGGACGGGACGGGCACUUCUGAGGAACUGAAUUCCGCACCGGAACCAGGCGACAUCUCGGCUACCGUGUCGGGACUGCUGCCCUACACACGCUACAUCCUCACGCUCAACUCAACUGACCCGGACCGGCAAAACGGACAUACCAUCGGGACUUUCAGGACAGAAUCAGUGAUCUCGGGCCUGACCCUUAUACGGGCCGGGAUUGAUGAUCUUGAAGUUUCCUGGACAAAGGACGCUAGUGCUCAGAUUGACAGCUACAGCCUCAGCUACGAGCCGGCGGACGGGACGGGCACUUCUGUGGACCUGAAUUCCGCACCGGGAGCAGACGACAUCUCGGCUACCGUGCCGGGACUGCUGCCCUACACAAGCUACGUCAUCACGCUCACUUCUUCUGACCAGGGCCGGGAAAACGGAGUAAUCGUCGGGACUUUCAGGACAGAAUCAGUGAUCUCGGACCUGACCCUCGAUGGGGGAGGAAUGGACCAACUCGUUGUUUCAUGGGGAAAAGCUCAAGGUUCUCAGAUCUCGCGCUACAGCCUCAGCUACAGGCCGGUGGACGGGACGGGCUCGUACCGGGACCGGGAGCUGGACCCACCGGCAGCAGACGCCACCUCGGCUACCGUGUCGGGGCUGCUGCCCGGCAUAAGCUACACCAUCACGCUCACUUCCUUUCAACCGUUGGGCAACGCUGGCCGGCGAAAAAGAAGUGAGCAAGACCGGCAAAACGGAGUUAUCACCAGGACAUUCAGGACAGAGUCCGCUGUCGUGAACGUAGAGUGCGCCGAAGGCAACAUGACCAUUUCCAUUCCGCGUGUGGCUCUGUCCGGUGUGGACGUGGGCAGCAUGCACCUUCUGGACACCAGCUGCGUCGCCAGCGUGGACGUAGAUUGGGUCACCCUGGAGACACACCUGGAGGAGUGCGGGACGCGGCGGCAGAUCUCAGGAGAAGACAAAUUCAUCUUCUCCAACGAGGCCAUCGCGGACGAGGUGACUGACUCCAGCGGCGCGGUGAUUUACCAGGGAGUCAGCCUGCCCUUCCAAUGCGAGUUCCUCCGUCAGUUCGACAUCACCCAGGGCGGGGACAUCAUGUUCGUCAUCCCGCCGCCAAGGUUUGAAAUCAUUGACGCGGAGGGAGAAAUGACCUUGGAGAUGCGAACGUACAAGUCUCCAGACUUCGGAGCAAGCUACAAGUCUACUGACUUCCCCAUUAAGGUCACACCGGAUGACCGUCUGAACUUUGGCCUGAGCGUGACGUCACCGCUUGACAACGUGGAGCUGUUUGCACGUGACUGUGUGUCCACCCCCAGUACCGACCCGAACGACUCUCCAAGGGUCGACAUCAUCGUGGAUGGCUGUCAGGUUGCUGAGACUCUAGAGAAGGACAAUGAACGUUCUAAUGACACUGCUCUGUACUACACCGUGGCCGCCUUCGGCUUCCCCAAUUCUAUCGAACAGAACCUGGUAAAAAACGAAAACGUGUUGGACCGAUUCGCUUCUGUGGUGGCUGGCGAAGAAUGCUUAUUAAGGUCACAUUCAUAA